UGCAGGUAGAUUUCGAAUGGGCAGUGAAACUUCAUCGUUUCCCUUUAGAUUUGAUUGGAGUUUGGCCCAAAAACGUGCAAAAUUACAAGCAAAAAUUAAUGUGCAAUUUUCGAACAUUGGUGGUUUUUCUGGGAGUAAUGGUUUGCCUCAUUAUUCCUGCUAUACAUUCCCUGCUAAAAAUUUUUGGAGAUGUUUUGCUAAUGUUAGAUAACUUACAAUUUACUUUACCGGUCAUAAGCUGCCAAUCAGAAUCAUGAUUUUUUGGUGGAAAAAAGAAGCUAUUGUACCGAUUAUGAAUAUGAUGGAGAAGGAUUGGAUAAAGCCAAUGAAUGAUCAAGAGAGACGUUUAAUGAUCCGAAAGGCGAAAAGUGCACGCACAAUUAUUAUUUUUUCCUAUUGCAUAAUGGGUAUACAGUGCUGCUUUCUCCUCAUACCGCCUGCUUUAGGAAUGUCAAUGAGAUUGACGCCCAACAUUACUGAUCCAGGAAAACCAAUGAUUUUACAAAGCUAUUAUAUUUAUGACAUAACAAAAAGGCCGCAAUAUGAAGUGACCUUUAUAAGUCAAGCCAUCUAUGCAGUUUUUGGCCUGAUGAUCUAUAUUGGAAUAGACAAUUUUCUCAGUCUUUUGAUUUUUCAUGUAUCUGGUCAAUUAGAAAUUAUAAAGAUUCGUUUAAUAUGUUUGAAUAAAUACAUAAAUUAUCACGAAAUGCUAAGAUACUGCAUCGACAAGCAUAUCCGUUUACUUAGAGCUAUCGAUGUUAUUGAAGAUACUUAUAAUCUAAUACUCCUCACCUUGUUUAUAUAUUUUGCAGUACUAUUUGCUUUCUAUGCAUAUCGGAUAAUUAGUGUAUUCGACGAAGGAAAUCGUUUACCAGUUAUACGCUUGCUAUUUUUCAUAGCAACAAUUUUAAAUUUAUUUGGACACAUGUGUCUGUAUUGCGCUCUUGGCGAGAUGUUGGUGGCUCAGUGCAAUAAUGUAUAUUAUGCUGCAUAUAGUAAUAAAUGGUACACUAUGAAUCCAAGGAUUGCAAACGAUCAGUUGAUCUUAAUGACAAGAGGCUCUAAAUCGAUUUAUCUCACCGUUGGAAAAAUAUCUCCUGUUACAAUGGCCACAUUUUGCGGUUUAGUAAAAACGUCCAUGGGUUACCUAUCUUUCUUGCAUACAACAAGAUGAUAAAAAAAAAAAUUUCCAUUGUGCAAUAUGCAAUUUGUAAUAAAAAAAUUAGUUUAUUAUACCGAUAUUAAUAUGUCAUAUGCAAAUAAAUAUAUUUUAAUGCAUUAUUCAAAUAGAA